AUGGCUUGGCCAACGACCAGCAAGGUCCCCGUGCCGGAGCUGCCUCCCCAAGCAGUGCCACAACAGCCAGUCGGGUUGCCGCAACAGCCUGAGGAAACUCCAUGGUCGAGGUACCAACCCCACACAGCCGUUCCGCUGGCACAAGCGUCCACGCCCUCUUUCCGGCCGGGCAGGUCGACGGACUUCGACACUCGAGGGCGCAGGGAGACCUCCAUGCCCGCGCGCUUUGCGCGGCACAUUCCCUGUCACUUAGAGGAUGCAGUACGAGAGAUGCUGCCUGACAGGCGAAGUGCUCAUCCGAAGUGUCGCCCGGACGGAACGGUGGAUGGCCUCUACGUCGAUUGUACGUUCGGCCGAGGAGGUCACACGAAGCAUAUCUUGUCGCAGCUCUCCUCCAGUGGCCGCCUCAUCGCCUUUGAUGUGGACCCCGAGGCGGUGGCCGUGGCCAAGGAGUUGGAGCGAGAGGACCCGCGGUUCCGGAUCGCCCAUCGGCCCUUCUCGGAGCUCAGGGAGGAGUUGAGCACCCUGGGGAAUCCCCCGCCACAGAUUGAUGGGCUCCUGGUGGAUCUGGGCGUUUCAAGCCCUCAACUGGAUGACCGGCACAGGGGCUUUGGCGUCACGGCUGAGGAUGCAGAACUGGACCUGCGGAUGAACCAGCAGGUGGGCAUUCCGGCUUGGCAAUGGCUCCUGGAGGCGACCACUGAGGAGCUGGCCUGGGUGAUCCGCGAGUACGGCGAGGACGGAGAUCCGCUCAUGGCGGACCGCAUCGCGCAGAUCGUCGUCUCCCACGUGGCCUUGAGGAAAAGUUCAUCCAGAGGUCCCAUCAAGACCUGCAGAGAUUUGGGUGAGCUGGUGAAGGUCGCCAAGCAGAAUUACGACGAGCGGGGGAUGCACCCGGCGAAGCUCACGUUCCAAGCGUUGAGGAUGUUCUUGAAUCAGGAGAUGCAGCAGAUGGAUGCUCUCCUCCAUGCGGCCUGUGAGUCGCUUGUUGAUAAGGGAAAGUGUGUCGUCAUCACCUUCAAGAAGAAGGAGUGUGAUGCUGUGGUGAAGUUCGUGCGGGAACAUGAAGAACCUCAACUUGGACGUGGUGACUGCUCCAAGGAGAGGUUUCUGGAGUUGUACCCGCUGAUGGGGAAAGACACGCCCUUUUGCGUCUCCAUGGCGCGAAAUCCCAUCAAGCCAAAGCUGGAAGACAUUCAGGACAACCCUCGGACCAGAUCUGCAGUGGUCCAUGUGCUGGAGAAGCGACGGAGGAUGCUGCCGAAGAUCUCUCUGGAGGAUGUCGUGCCGCGACCGGUGCAGGACCGCUACAAAAGACCGGCCUUCGUGCCGACCUUUGCUGGCGCUGACAUCAAUGGGAACAGCAAGAGCAGGGCGCCGCUGCGAGCGGAUGAGUGGCUCCCCAGCGAGUCGUCGCCGUCGGGUCGAGGCCGACGGGAAAUGUGUUCCCCCGAAGCGAGGCUGCUCCCGCAGAUGUGCGCCCAAGACCAAUGCCGGAGCAGGCCUUCGGCACAUCGCAGCCCAGACCAGCACCAGCUCAGGCCUCCUUUCCACCUGCACAACCUAAGCCAGCUGAAGAGGCGGACAGUCAGGGGGAGACGCAGAUACAAUCAGUUUUGCGAAGCAUUCCUUAUAGCCUUUUGGCGAUGCUACCAGACCUCGGCGACUGAAACACUUGAUGCUUGGAAGGUCGGAUUCUUUUCUUUUGAGGCUUUUCCACCAUCACAGCCCAGACCUGCAGCCACUGCAGCCACUGCAGCCACUGCAGCCACUGCAGCCACUGCAGCCACACAGGCAUUCCCACCUGCACAGCCUAAGCAAGCUGCAGAGGCUCGACCAAGCACGCCACCGCCUCGACCAAGCACGCCACCGCCUCGACCAAGCACGCAGGCCUCCUUUCCACCUGCACAACCUAAGCCAGCUGAAGAGGGCGCUCCACCUUCACAGCCCAGACCAGCCGGCAAGGCUUCCUGGCUGCCCAGUUGGAUUCAGGCCCCAACUGGUGGUGGACCGCCGGUGAAGGCUUUCCCUGGCCGCCAGCCACCACCCUCGCCUAAGGCUCUCAAGAGCUUUGCCCACUGCUGGAGGAUGGCUCAGAAGACGGAUCAUCAAGAGAUCCUGAAGAUCGCUAGAGGUGAGUGCCGCGUCUUCCAAGACCUCCCUGGUUUGGCCACGAAGGGCGACAUCGUGUGGGUCCUUGAGAGACGAGAUGAAUGGCUUUAUGGCAUCAAGCCAGGAGGUGCCAAAGCGGAUUGGUUUCCAAAAGCGUUUGUCCACGAGUUUUAUGAUCAGUGA